AUGAUGGGACAUAAGAGUCUGGAGAUGAUUGAUGCUUUAAAACGGCACAGAAAGCCUACAUGCCUACAUGUCUUCGCUGACGGAGAGGACUCAGAGAGAAGCCCCGAAGACAGCGUUUAUCUGGACCACAGCAAGGAACACUCGAAAAGCGAGGACAGUGCCGUGCAGAGCCUCACCUGCCCCAGGGCAGAGAGCGGUGAGGUGUGGCUGCCGGACCACCUGACCCCGUCCUGGGUGUGUCUGCCCAACGACCAACCAGUGCUCACCACCAUCCAGCCCGGGGACUCUGCCCUGUGCCUGCUCGAGACCAUCAGCAAGGCGCACGACCUGGAUCCGACCAAACACUAUCUGCGUCUCAAGUUCCUCAUGGAAAACCAGGUGCAGUUCUACAUCCCCAAACCAGAGGAGGACGUGUGCGACCUCGUAAGUGCUCCCCCCAACAUCCUCCCAGCACAAAACCAUUUAUGA